AAUUAGCAUUGACAGCCGAAGCGCAACUUUUCCUGAGGCAAAGUGAAAUCAAGCCGCUGACUCGGACUAAAUCUAGUCCCUCGGUUUUCAACUCAUAAUUACCGAAAGAAGAAAAUAACGAGCACCCGGAGCAAGCGCGUCGCGGCGGGAUUAAUAUAGCAGUGGAUCUGUCCAGGUGCUGAAGUCUUUGCGCCGUCUUUGUAAGAGUUUCCGCCGUGGCGUAAAGUGAGUGACGAGUCGUGUCCCCAGCAAAGAGGCAAGAACUUGCUUUGCAGCCCGAGUACUUGUUCUUUCGGUUGUUAUUGUCGCUUUUAAAAUUUCUUUUUUCCGCAAAACUUCUUCGCGAUUGCUUUAAAAGUGAAAGAAAAGUGCUUUGAAAGUCACAACAUGGACGUACAGGGCCUACAAGACGCAUUGAAAUUGGAAAUUCAGUGUCAUCAGAGCAACAAGGAUUCCAGUAAUAAUGCGGAGGAGCCGUGUGAGAAACUAGUUGCACAGAUGAAACAGGAUCCACAGAACGGGGAUCUUAAGAAACAACUCCACGAAAGACAAGCAAGAAUAUGCGAAAAACAAAAGCUUGUGGUAAGAAGUUGUCCUGUUGGGAACACCAAACCCAUUUCCCCCAUCAAGCCACCCAACCAGAGCGUAGCGAUUUCUGUGUUGCCGGCAAAGAAUCCUGUCCCCAUGGUUACCGCACACAGUAACGGACAGAAGGCAGCGAGCCCAGAGCCUCCGCAGACAGCCCCCAUCAACCUGCAGACAGCUAGCAAAGCGGGGGGCAGGAGAGUGUCCGAGACAUCGAGCUCACAGAUGUUGGGACCCGUCACAGCAGAACCCAUUAAGGUUCCUCAGGUCAGCUCCCUACAUCGACUGGCAGGGCAGACAUCCACAGAGCUACCUCAGGUAAGGCCAAAGACCUUGAUCCCUGACAGUGUGCCGGUGAGCCCCUGUCGGGAGCAGUCGUCCAGUCAGCCUCAGCCCCUGCAGAAGGCCACGGUGGUCAGCAUCAAGAACGCCGGGCCCGCUCUCCCCACAGCCAACAACACCGUCUGCCACGUCCAGCUGCCAAACGACCAGUCCGUGGCCACGAGCUUCUCUGAGCCAGCCAGUGUGUCUCCGGUCCUCACCACGGCAGGAGUGGCCUACGCCAUCAUCUCCACGUCGCCGGGCAACAGCAACAGCACCGCAGUCUCCGUCAUCAGCGAUGCCAUGAAGGGGCAGCCUCUUCUCAUCAGCGCAGACAGCAAGGUGAUAAUAAUUCAGCCCCAGGUUCAAAGCCAGAGUCAGCCUGAGAUUAAAGCAGAACCCAAGAAAGCAUCUGAAGAGCCUGUUCAGAGCUCUCCCCCGCCUGCCAGGAAGAAAAAAGCAGAGAACCCUGAGAAAAUUGCCUUCAUGGUUGCACUUGGCUUGGUCACAACAGAACACUUGGAAGAAAUCCAGAGCAAGAGGCAGGAAAGGAAGAGACGGAGCACAGCCAACCCGGCCUACAGUGGUCUGUCCGAGCCUGAGCGCAAACGACUUGCAUCAAACUACCUAAAUAACCCCUUGUUCCUGACAGCAGGAGCCAAUGAGGAUCUCUGUUGGAAGGAUGACAUUGUGCAUGAUGAACACUGUGCAGUGUGUAAGGAUGACGGGGAGCUGCACCCCUGCGAUUCCUGCUCCCGCGCUUAUCACCCCGACUGCCUGGACCCCCCGCUCAAGACGCCUCCCAAAGGGAUGUGGGUGUGCCCCAAGUGCCAAAAGAAGGUGCUGAAUGAAGACAGCAUGGCGUGGCCUGAGAACCUGGCCAUUGUCCACUCCUAUAUCACACACAAAGCAGUGAAGGAGGAGGAGAAGAGGAAGCUGCUGAAGGAAAGCAUACAGUUGAAGAGCGAGCACAAGCAGCUGGAUGAGAAGGAGAGGCAGCUGGACAGCUCAAUCACGAAAUGUGUGGAUUUGAAAAACAGCCUGCUGGCGGUGCAGAGGGGAACACAGGCCUCCUUGGAGCGGCUGAAGGCUCUGAUCCGACUCAUCCAGAGAGACCAGGUGAUCCAGGUGACCAUGACUGCCACCACCACAGCGGCCUCCCCUCUCCUCACCAUCCCCUGGAUCAAACCCUCGAGCUGCGGCAGCCCCCCACCCGUCUCUGCCACCAGCGCUGCCAGCAACCCUGCCGGCGCCCUACAGAAAGGCCUGCCUCAGGCCCAGGGCAACAACUGACACGCCCAGGGGGAGCCAAGAUACAAACGGAGCACCGCGAACAUCUUCUCAAGAACAACAAACUCUUUUUAUAGAUCUGAAACACCAUAGAAACUUAAGGAAAAAUACUAACCAAUGCAGUUUAUAGACAACUGUUGUGGCAAGCCUAUAUCCCACAAACAGUUUGUCCAUGCAUAUUUUGUAACUCCGACACCUUCAGUGCUUACGAGAUUUUUUUUUUUAUUUUUUAUUCUUGGCCUUAAUGUAUUUAUGAAUUUAAAAAAGAAAAAAAACGGCCGAUAGAAAAAAAACAACUAGUAUUCAGUACGGCAGACAUUUGGUUUUUUAAAAAAAAAAAAAAAAGGUUCUGCACAUAGUGAGAGACACAAACUAGUUAUUAGUAGCAGUAGUUAUUUUAAAAAAAAAAAACAUUGGAAAUGUGGGACUGAUCUGAUUAGAUUCAUGUAAUUAUUCUCUCUAAGUCUGCCAUGUGUAUUCAGCUGAAAGGGGGCUGGGGGAAAAAUUUUCAUUGUGUAUGUAUAGAUCUAAAGAGCCUUCAAACAAAACAAAGAAUCUUUUUUUCAGUAUUAUAGUUCAGAUAUUUAAAGCAAACAAACAAAAAAAAACACUACGGAAUUUAGCAUUUGUCAUGAAAAUGAAGUAUUUUCCUGCUGAUGCCUGUCGCUUAUGCGAAAUAUUGAAGAGGGAUCAUGGAACAACUUUUGUUAUUUUUCUUACAGGUCCUAACUUGCUGUCAAUGUAUUUUUCUCAUAAUGAAUUUGUGCAAAAAUGUUAUUGUUUCCAUUUGCACCUUAUAGUAGAUAUUUAUUAUGGCAGGCCAAGUGUUUAUUAUUCUGUCGUUUUUUUUUUUAAAUAUACUUUUGCCAGUACAGAACAUAUGCCAAAAAACUUUACAUUUUUGUACUGCAGUCUCGCUUAUCUGUUAUUGUUUCACAUUUGUUUUUGAAAAUUGUAAAAUAAUAAUAAAAAUGAUAUGAAUUUAUACACCUGACGUGUUGCUUGCCAUAAUAUAUCCACUAUACUGUACAAAGAUAUACCUCCUCAAGUGAAGCAUCUGGAGGUUUCAUUAUAAAUAUAUCAGAAUUUGUUUUACAGGAGCUGCAAAAUGAUGAAGGUUUGUAUUUUGUGAAGACCUUCCUUUACUUUUUUUGUUAUUGUUGGGCGAGACAAAUCCAACAACACUUGCUUGUUUUACUAGUCUUCCUGCUAAACAAAGGGACAGACUGGGCCUUUUCUAGGCCUCAGGCCUAUUGUUUAUAUUUUAAGGCUCUUCUCAUUACAGCCUU